AUGGACAUCAAGCCUUUAAGUGUCAAGGCUAUGGGUAGAACCCAGAUGGCUUGUUUGAGGUGUAGGAGUCAGAAGAUGAAGUGUUCUAAAGACCAUCCAAGUUGUAAAUCAUGUAAAAGUGCCAAUAAAGAUUGUCAAUACCCAGUACGAGAGAAGAAGUUAGUAUUCCUUGAUUCCCAGUUCCAAAAGCUUCAAGACCGUAUCAAAUUUUUAGAAAGUGAAUUAAAAAAGAAAGAUAUUGGUGGUGAUAUCAAAGUUGAAGAAGAAUAUAUUGAUCCUUUUGAUAAGGAGGUAGUAGGAGAUAAAAAUUAUUUUGGAACUGCAGCCUGUCAGACGUUUGACAGUUCAUUGAAUUCAUUUCUUUUCAAGUUCACACACAAUUCCAAUUAUGAAGAUAACGAUAAUUUAAGAUAUUUCCUUCAAGAUACUAAUAUGAAGAAAUCUUUCAGAGGUGUGAUGAUGUUACCCGAGAAAAACUAUGCCAUUUUCUUAAUUGAUAAAGUCAUUGGGUUUUUGGGAUAUGAAUAUUACUUUAUUGAUAGACACUUAAUCUUCCAAAAAUUGAAUGAAACUUAUGAUACUGUGAGUGAUCGAGAUCCUGUAUUUUGUUGUUAUCUUUUGACUAUCCUAGCUGUUGGAGAACAAUAUCUUAAUGAAAGUCCUGAUGGUGGAGUACCAGGAAUGAGAUUCUUUGCUCCAGCUAUGCAAUUAUUUCAGAAUUAUUACGAAAACUUAACCAUAGAAUUCAUCCAAACCCUUUUAUUAAUUGGGUUUUAUCAACAAGGUCUUAAUAGAGUCAAUGCAGUGUACAAUUUCUAUGGUUUGGCCUUAAGAAAUUCCAUGUUAAUGGGAUUACAUAAACGUGUGAGUGAUGUUAAUAUGUCAGAAGCUGAAAUAGAGAAAAGGAAGAAAGUUUGGUGGACCUGUUUUGUUCUAGAUAGCAUCUGGUCAUCUAAAUUAGGUCAUCCUAUUCAUAUUACGGUUGAAGAUAUUGAGAUUGAUUUACCUGAUGAAAAUUCCCUUCGUCUAAAUGACGAUUUACUGCCAGAACUUUUCACCAUCAACGUCAAACUAGCCAUCUUAAUAAAUAAAGUCAUGAAAAAGAUAUAUAAAACAAAGAUUAUCAACUUAAAGAAUAUCGUGGAAUGUUUAGAAGAUUUAGAUAAUUUCCAAAAAUCAUUACCAGUGUCCAUCAAAAAAAAUAUUUUUAGUACUACCAACAGAUCCUCGGCUAAUCUUUACCUCAGACUUAAUCAAAUUGUUAUCAUUACUACUCGACCUUUAGCCUUGUCGGUGUUUAAAGGUACUAUAAGUGAGAAUACCAUAAAUAAAAGAGUUAUCCAAAAAUGUACUAUUGCUGCCAAGACAACUAUAGAUAUACUUCAUCAUUUGAAGAAAAGUGGAUGGUUCUCCACAUUUGGAUUCUGGGAUGCUCAAUAUUGUUUUCUGUCAUUAUUGAUUUUAAUUAUGAGUAGCUGUUGCGGACAUCAAUAUCCUCAAAUAGCCAUUGGAAGGGAGACUAACCAAUACAUGAAAGUAGCAGGAAAUUUCACUGCUAUGGAGAAUGAUUUAAGAUUAAGGAAGUUAGAUCAAUUACUUGAUAAUGUUAAACAAUAUAAACGUAAUCAAUCAGAUUUUGGUGAAAUGGCAUCUCCAAGUUAUGAAUUCCAUGGACAAAUCCCUCAACCAAAAAUCCCCACUGUUCAACCAUCAAAUACCGUUUUCGAUCAAGAAGAACUUAUCAUGAAUGAAAUUUUAGAAAAUUUUACCGUUAAUGAAUUUAAUUAUCAAGAUAAUGAAAGUCCUUUGAUAAAGGAAGAGAAUCAUGAAAACCCCUGGAACAAUCUUAUACUGAAUUUACAGUUCUGGGAUUCGUCAAUAGAUUUGUGA